CAAGGUCAACGAAUCCAUUGGGCAAGAAAACCGAUGAGUCAGUUGUAUAUUGAGCUCUUGAGACCAAGUUCGAGGGGCUUGUCCACAAACCACCAACGUCUCGUUGAUCAUUAAAACGUACGUGAUAUAAAAAACCCCAAGUGAAUUGGGAUACCAAAACAAGACAUCAGUCAUGGAAAAGGUACUCGCGAAACCGACCGACCUGUGCUGCAUCCAAGGCGGCGCCAUCCACACCGGAGAGGCGACUGGUACAGUCGAGCAGAUCGAGGGAGUCGACACAUACAUCGCGAGACCGCCCCCCGAAAAGGCCAACGGGAAUGUCCUCCUUUUCUUUCCGGAUGCGUUUGGCAUGCACCUAAAGAGCUUUCUGAUGAUGGACGCCUUCGCACAGCAUGGCUACCUGACGCUUGGUGUCGACUAUUUUCUAGGGGAUGGCGUAGGAAAACACUCGUCGACGCCGUUGGCCGAUCCAACGUUUGAUUUCAAGGCUUGGGUCGACAAACAUCUUGGUGCUUCUGAAGAGGUCGCCAAGAGAUGGGUCCAGGACGUCAAGGCCAAAUACGGCACGGACGGGAAUGUCAAGUUUGCCUGCGUGGGAUACUGCUGGGGCGCCCGAUUUGUCGCCAGGCAGCUGUCCGCCGAGGGCAUAUGCAAGGUCGGAGCAGUCGCGCACCCUUCGUUCCUCAACGAGAGUGACGUGUUUGGAGUCAAUGAACCCUUCUUCUUGUCGGUUCCGAGUAUAGAUGAACUGUUUGAGCCCAAGGAACGGAGCAGGGCGAUCGAGAUCCUGUCUGGGGGUGGCAAACAGUUCAACAUGCAAAUAUUUGCCAAUGUUGGCCAUGGGUUUGCGACGCAACCGAACCCUAGCGACCCUUACGAGAGCUGGGCAAAGAAGCAAAGUUUCAGGAGUUUUGUGGAUUGGUUUGACUUUUGGCUCUCGCCCAAGUGAAUGCGCUUCGUGAGAAUCUGUACCACUAGCGCCAUGGGAUUUGGGUAAAAUUGGAAGCAAAGCAAAAUAUACAUAUACACGUAUCUCGGUUUUAGUGAGCAAUCAACUCGAAUUGACGGCGCGCAA